UGAGAGCGCUGUGAGCUCAUCAGUUGAAUACAAUCAAAGCGCCUAAACCAACCAACUCAAGCGAGUUCAAGCGACCAAACCUCAUCCAAGAGGACAUUUCUCAAGCGGCAAACGUCGAUUUCUGUGAAUCAACCGUGUUUUCUCUAUCAAGUUCAAUCGCCAAGUGAACAGUGAAAAUGUCGAUCAUCCCGAUUUUCUUCCGCAACUGGUGGGACGACGAAUGGGAUCGUCCGCUGUGGAGCUCUCGUCUGCUGGACCAGCACUUUGGCAGUGGUGUGACGGCGGACGAUCUGCUCAACGCUCUGGCAUCGGUGACCGACCGUCGACUGCAGCAGCAACAGGCCCAACAGGGACAACAAUCAGGCAACCGGUACAACCGUCCGUGGCACAGCUCAUGCGUAGCUCGCAUGCAUGACAGUGGCUCGGCGGUGAACAUCUCGAAGGACAAGUUCCAGAUCAACCUGGACGUGCAACAGUUCUCGCCGGAAGAGAUCUCGGUCAAGUACGUGGACAACUGUGUGCUGGUCGAGGGCAAGCACGAGGAGAAGCAGGACGAUCAUGGCUACGUCUCGAGACACUUUGUGCGGCGCUACAUGCUUCCCAAGGGCCACAAUGAGGCCGAUAUCGUGUCGUCGCUCUCAUCCGACGGAAUUCUGACCAUCACGUGUCCCCGGAAGGAGAUCGAGCAGAAAAAGGAGGAACGAAGCAUCCCCAUCACACACACGGGACAGCCGAUGAAGCAAGUGACGGGCAAAGCGGCACCAGAGAAUGGUCACAGCAAAAAGGAGGGAGAGAAAAUGGAAGCAUAAAGAGUAUGCCAUUGAUUAGCCUAUAGACUCUGUUCAGACUGAUGCGAAUUUUGCUUUUAUUUAGACUGUAAUAAAUUAUUUCUCGAAUUCUUAAAGCUA